AUGCAUGUUGAGGGCGCUGGUGGUGGUCAGCACGCAGAAGAUGACCUCCCUGUUGUGCGGUCCAAAAGGCAGGAGAGAGUACAUGAGAUAGUCUCGUUUGGUUACAUGGUCCCUGGAGCCUAUUGUUUCUGGUACGCUCCUGAUCAUCCUGAGGGGGCUCCUGAUGAGCUGGAGGUGGGCGUGGUACCGGCAGGCUAUGAGGCCAGCGUGAGGGUGAGGGAUGCAGUCGAGGUCGACUCGGAUGUCCAAAGUAGGGACAUCUUCUUGACCACCCGAGAGGGUCCACAGGGCCCCGAGUACCGAGUUUGUCUGGGAGGUCCAGAUAAGGUCCUGUCGGGGUGGACCUGUGAUGCUGACAUUCUGUGGACGGAGGUGUUGGUGGCCCUCGAGGACACUCACUCAAUGGGCGAGGCCGGCCUACAGUUUCUAGACUGCGACCCUUUGUUCCUCUUUGGGGUAGCGGAUCGGGCAACACAGGAGGUGGUCCAGAGGGCCAGCGAUGAGGGUGUCGGACCGAUGUUGCGCUGUGCUGGCUCGGCCUCGACUCUCAUGGAGUGGUUCAGCUAUCUCCAGGCCGACCCUCAAAUUGAUAAGGAGUACACUUGGGUAGUCGAGGCCUUUGCUAAGGAGGAGCUGCCGCCCCCAUGGACGUCUGUGGUCGGUGUUAGAGGGAUGCCCACCAUCAGGGGCAUGGUACGGUAUGUGAAUGAGGAGACCUCAGAGGCGACAUGGAAACACCCCUGCUACGACCACUUCGCCGACCUCCUGGACCAGUGCCGUCACCUCACUAGGGAGGAGCAUAUGAAACUGAGGAUCGAUCGAAUGCUCAUGUGGUCCUGCCAGUCCUAUGAGACCGAGGGCAACGCCAACGUCCUCGACCAAGAGCCUCUGGUAUCCCCUCGGUACGUCCGGGAGGUCGCGGAGAUCCUCAAGGUGGACGUGGUCAUCGAGCCCUACCUGGUCCGGUCGGUCCCUGGGACUUUGGACCAUCCGGCUGCUGGUCAGGUACGCACUCUGAAGAGUCUCUUGAGGGUCCUCUCGGUGCAGCAUCGACUCGAGCCCGAGUUGGAAGCGCAGGAGGUCAAGUCGUGCCUGAAGGCCAUCGAUGCCGAGCGGGCCAGGUACUCUUGGGCCCAGAUGGCCCGAGGGGACGCGGCUGGAGGUGUAGCCCCUCAGGAGGCUGGACAAGUGUACUGCGCGGAGUGUGGGGUGGUGGCCGCCUGCUUCUGCCCGAGGUGUCGAGACUGCUUCUGUCAGGGGUGCUUCGAUAGACUACAUUCAAAGGGUAAUAGGAAGUUGCAUGUCCCGAAUCGCCUCAUCCCGUGUUGUCUCUGUGAAACGCUACCGGCUAAGCUGCAGUGCACGUACACGUUUGGUUCCUAUUGCCUCGACUGUUACGCUAGUAAGCACGUGAAGACGCUGCCGAGGUUCCUGGACUUGAAGCCAGUGAAGAUAGACUACACACGAGACUACCACGGCGAGCUCCCGAGGAGGCGGACGGUCGGCAUACAGCCGCAGUUGACCAGAGACGACCCGUCCCACGGUCGGACCGGACCACAGCCCUACUAUGUGAAACUACAGGAUUCAGGAACGGGCCCGGGGGGCAGAGUCCUGGCGAAGGGAGAGGUGGACCCUCGAGGGCAGCUGCUGGAGUCCUUAUCGAGGUCGCCGCCUGCCCAUACACUACUCGGGGUCAAGUGGCAUGCCUUUUACGAUAAUAGGGGCGCCAAAUACUUCUACAACUUCGAGACCGGCGAGUCCCUCCAUAGACCACAACAGGACAGACUAUCGGAUGAUUGGGACCUAGUGGGUGGUGCCUUGGCCUAUGCCCAGACCGCUGGGGUCGGCCUGGUAGGUCCUCGAGGAGACUGGACUGAAGGAUUCGGUCCUUGCCAACGAAACUAG